AUUGUGGGCAGCAAGCCCUUGGGGGAGAUUCGGGGUACGUGUUCUCCCCCAACCAUCCGGGCCUGUAUCCGCGUAACAAGAACUGCAUCUGGACCAUCACUGUGGACAUCGACAAGAGAGUGGUCCUGACGUUUGACAGCUUUGAUGUGGAGUACCAUGACCACUGCGCUAACGACUAUGUCCUACUUGAGGGGAAAGAUGGAGACGCCAUUAAUGAGAACUCUGAUGGUGAAGUCUCAGGAAUAUAUCCAGGUGUGGAUCUAUGGAAGAAGACCCCUGAUGGAGGAAAAUUAUGCGGUACCAAACCUGACAAUUUUACUGUAAUGAGGAAUUACACUUCUCGGACUAACAUCAUGACCGUGACUUUCAAAUCUGAUGAGUGGGUCUCCGGGACUGGAUUCAACGCCUCAUUUGUUGCUGUGGAUAAAGAUCCACCCACAUGCUCUGAGAAUGAGAAGGAGUGUGCUGACCUCUUGGGAUGUGUGGCAUUCGCCAAGAUCUGUGACGGCUCAAAUGACUGUGAAGACGAGAGUGACGAACAGAACUGUGUGUGUGAGCAGAUCCCAUCAGAACUCAGCAUUUGCAAGGGUACCAUUGACUAUGGAACGAUGGUCUACCCCAACCUGUACGGCCAUGAGAACGAGACUGUGCUUCUGAAUUCCCCGAUCCUCGGCAGUCUGCAGGCUCUACAGUCCACUCCCCACCCUUGCCAUGACGACGUGUUUGCCUUCGUCUGUUCCCUGCUGGCUCCCAAGUGUGUGGGAAAUAUGAUCAAGCCACCAUGCAGGGUCUGGUGUCCAGACAUCAUGGCCAGCUGUCAGAACCUUACCGACCUGGUGCCUGACAUCUGUGCAACCCUGCCAUUCUCUGAGGACUGCUACAUCAACCGUGCCACAAACCAGCCGGGAGCGGGUGGACCAGAAGGACCAGGCAGUGCAAGUGGAUGUGGAGGAGUUCUACGUGGACUAAACAGCACGUUCCAGUCACCCAACUUUGGGAGAGGCAACUAUGGCAACAACAGAGACUGUGUCUGGUCCAUCAGGGUCUCCCCGCACCUCGUCCCUGAGAUAUCUUUCCACAGCUUCAAGCUGGAGGGGGGACCAGCUGAUGGGAACUGUCCCUACGACUAUGUCAGGAUAUUUGAUGGGGAAUGGCCAGACAGCAAGUUCAGCAGCAUCAGAUUUCAAAGUGGUGAAACCCAAGAUGCAGAGAGGCUCUGUGGGGAACUGACUGAGAAAUUGGUGGUGAGACCAAAAAGCUACAUAGUGUCAGUCAUUUUCUCUAGUGAUGGACAAAACUCCAAGGAAGGUUUCAGUGCAUCUUACACAACAAGGGACAGAGGUGCUCUGCCGUGCCAGAGAGGUGAAGAGUUGUGUGAUGAUAAUGCCCAGUGCAUCCCCCUGUCCAUGUAUUGUGAUGGGAAGUUUGACUGCUGGGAUAAAAGUGAUGAAAAGGAUUGCCAGUGUAAUCCACUACAAGGUGAGCUGGAGGAUCUAUGUGCGAGGAGAGAUGGUUCUAACUAUGUGUCCUUCCCAAACAUGAUUGGGCACAAGACUGCCAAUGAACUGCAGAACUCCCAAGAAUACAGCAGCCUGAAGAGCCUGAUGCGGAGCCUCUGCCAUGUGGACAUUGCCGUGUUUGUGUGUGAGAUGAUGUCUCCCUCGUGUGACCGCUCCACCGCCACCAGCAAAGCUCCCUGUAGGUCCUGGUGUGAAGAAAUAAGGUCAGCCUGUGAGAGUGAAGCAGAGUGGCCAUCAGACUUCCCCUCUUGUGACAUCAUUGAGAGCCAGGAUGCCAACAACUGUGUGCAAGGACCAACAUCCCUACACUGUUACCACGGGAAGGGAGCCAACUUCAGGGGCCAGAUUGCUGUGACUGAGACUGGGCGGAACUGUACUGCCUGGGCAGAUCAUCAGUACGAGGUUACCAACUUCCAAUGGGCCAACCUGGACAACAACAACUGCCGCAACCCCGGUAAUGUUGCAGAACGGCCGUGGUGCUACGUGGACAACCAGUGGGAGUAUUGUCGUGUCCCGCCAUGUAGUGGACAGGUUUGCCGCAACCGAGGCCUCCCCAGAAAUGUUCAAGCCCAUCCUGUGAAAGAGUUCUACUGGCCAGGAGAUAAGGUGACGUACCAGUGUGCCUCCACCUACACACUGAAGGGCUCUGCAGUCAUCAAGUGUCUGGACAACUCCACUUGGAGCAGCAGUCUUCCUACUUGUAUUGUGAAUGAGUACAGACAGUUGCUGGAGGAUCUGUUUGACGUGUACAGUGCAGAGGCAGCACCCUCCGAGCUGCCAGUAGACGUCACUACAGUGUUCUCUGGACAUGUUGUCAACAUAGUGUCAUUGGAUGAGACUGGACCAGAAGUGCAGACUGAAGUUGUGGUGGAAUUUCGCUGGAUUGACAAUAGGCUGUCUUGGACACCUACCUCAUAUGGCAACAUAGACACCCUACAAGUGGCUUACGAGAGGGUCUGGGCUCCUACUGUGAUUCUGCAGAGGAAUGCUGACACUGGCUUCACCAGAUUGCCAACUGUGGAUGUGACUUUGACAUCAUCAGGGGAGGUCAUCUGGCAGGUGCAGACGCUGGUCACUACCACCUGUGACCUUGACCAGUACCUCUUCCCCUUUGACUCCAUGACAUGUCCUGUGUGUUUGAAGACAGACCUUACUAAAGGUGAGAGACUGAGUUGUCCCCUUGAGGGUAACACGACAGCAGAGAACAACUUGAACUGCAGUACUUCCUCCCAGACGUCCACAGGAGAGUGGUCUGUCACCAUCACUGCAGAAAGUACAAACGACACAGGCUGCCUGAAUCUGGCACUACAGCGGAACCCAACAUACCAUAUGUGCACCACCAUCGCUCCUACCAUCAUCCUCGCCAUUCUCAUGGCCAUCACCUUCCUCAUCCCUAUAGACAAGGGAGACCGCUUGUCCUAUGGGAUGGCUGUUCUGCUGUCAAUGGUGGUAUCACUUGUCGUCAUCACAAGCUUCCUUCCACGCUCCACUAACAUCCCAUUUGUUGGGACCUUUGUGGUUGUGUCCAUGUCCUUUAUGGCAUUCUUCAUGCUAGUGACUCUGGCCAUCAUCAUCAUAUCUGGCAAGGAGGGUGACCUCCCCUCUUGGGCUCGCACUGUCUUCCUCAGGUACAUGGCCCAAUGCCUUUUGAUGGGAAACCUGGCCAAGAAGUCUUAUACAUUGGAGGUGGGUCGAAGCAAAAAAGAUGUCAUCUAUGAGAAUGGCUCCUUCACAAACCUUUGGGAGGAAGGGCCACAGCGUGCGGAGGAAAAGUCAACUGGUGAGCAGACAAAGCCAGUCGAUGCCAACCUGAGUGCCAUGAUCAGUGGGAUCAGGGAGAGCAUUGACAGCCUGAAUGCCAAUAUUGAAGCCAUGGGACAACAGAAGGAAGAUGAGGAGAGCGAGUGGGUGGUGCUGGCCCACGUGCUGGACCGUCUGUGCCUGGUCCUCUACAUUAUUUCCUCCAUCGUUGCCGUGCCCCUGUCUCUGUACCUAGGCCACCCUUAGCUACAGAGAUGCACCAGAAGAAUGAAUGAGGAUGUUUUAGAUGACAGAUUGUGGCCUUGAUUUUUCUUUAGGAGUGAGGGAAAGAUGAUUACAAGCUAUAUCAUGUAAGGCAUGAUAAAUUGGAAUAAUUGUAAGUGUGCCUGGCUGACACACUUAUGCAAUACUUUAUCUCAUGAUGCCAAAUUCUAUUUCCAAAUCUGGACAGCAGACAUUGGGCUGAAAUACUAAGUGUUCAUAAUCAUAUUAACCAAGACCAGUAGCAAUGUGUGACUGAAAUUUGCUUCUGUCACAAUAAUAUCAUCAUGUAUAUUUGGUUGAUAACAUAUAGCCAGACAGAUUGACUGAAUAUUUCAGCCAUGCUAUGUUUCAUGUAGUUACAGAUGCAUUGUAUUCAAUAUUAAGGUUUAAGUGCUUAUUGAAUGGAAUUAAUGUAUUACAUAUUGUAUUCAGGACUUUAACAAAUUACUGCAGAAUCAUGGAUCAAUGGGAAUUGCCUGUUGACUAAAUGAGAAUUCAAUCUAAACAAUCAGUUGCCUUUCCUUAGAUUAUUGCUUUCAGUAGUUUCAGUGUAUUUCUUAUAAUCAUGGUGAUUGUAUUGUUAACCUCGGUAUGUCUUUUGUCGCACUUAGGGCUAAUUAGCAAAUAUUGUAAGAGCUAACAGUACAAUGUAUAUCAUACUUCAGGGUGAAUUUCAGACUUUGUUAUUGAUGGUACAAUUUACUAUUAUAAUAAUACUAAUAAACUUUCUGUGUUUUGGAAUUGGGAGUCACAAAGGAACUAAUAAAACUUUUAAACAUUGAA